ACCUGUUUGCUGGAUAAUUUAUGUACAUUAUGGGGCGAAGUUGCAUGUUUAUGACUUCUGGAAUUUAAAGGGUUAAGGUUAUUAGCCGAAGCUAAACGUGAAUUGAGGUUGUGAUCAUUUUCGGCGUUAAAACGUAUCUAAAUUAUCUUGAUUGUUAGAUCUACUAAUGCACCAAAAUCCCUCAGUACCUUGGAAACAAGACAUGCGCAGUGUACGAGACUUUCGAGCUUCAAAAUCCUGGAUUGAUAACCCGUAUGUGGAACUUCACAGUGACGUCUGUGACUAGGGCCAAGGAGUUUGCAAUGAUGGUGAUCUAAGGAGUUUGGAAGAAAUGUUGUGGUUUGACAAAAGUGGCGACAGGUAAAGUUUGGAGAGUACUUGAGUAUAUCUGCAUUGGAACUAUGGAAUGGACCUGGAGCAGAGCCACAUGGAUUUCGGAGAAAAUCUUCACGGCACUUGGAUGGCUUUCAGAUUUAACGUGGAGAGGAGCAACAUGGUUUGGUCCACUGGCUUGGAAUUGCAUCCAGUGGUUGGCCGAGCUUCUCUGGGAUUUGAUUCAAUGGUUGGCCGACGCAACCAUCUACGGAGGAUACUCCUUUAUCGGAAUGGUUUGGAAUACAGCUGUAAAUCUGGUCCAGAUAAUGUUCGACGCGGUAAUGUGGAUCGUAAAACCCUUUGUUCCUGUCAUCUGCUACAUCACUGACGCUACGGUUGAGUUUUAUACGGACUAUCUACACGAACAUGUGAAAAUUGUCCUAUCUCGGUUCGUUUUCUUGUCCUGGCAUGAUGGUGUCUACACAUUCUUCGCUGGCUUGGUUGUGGAUUUUGGUUUCUUGAUUGCUGGUUUCCUCUCAUACUGGUUACUUUUGAGGAUUGUGAACUUCACUGGACGAAAAUGGCAAGAGUAUAAAGACAGAAGGGCUGCUGCCAAUCUGCCACCUAAACCACCCCAGAAACGAAUUUGGCAACGAAGGCAGAGGAAGAAAAAGAAAACGCAUAACGAUUGGUAGACACCAAACAUGAAUGUUUACUUUAUUUUGCAUGGAUGUUUCCUCCUUUUUUGUUCCCCUCCUCAGAAAAAAAAAGCCAAAACAAAACAAAACAAAAAUACAAAAAACCAGUAAACUAAAAAAAAAAAAACUAUUUUAAACUUUUUGAAGAUAUCAGUCAGUGGAUGUAAUAAAUAUUUAGCUGACUGCAGUUUUGCUUCAUUGAAGGCAUACUGCAUAUGGCGGCUUAUGAAUUGCCUUUCAUUAAAGUUGAAUAACGCGGAUUCUGACUGCUGUCUGCUGCUCUUAUACUAAGUUUCCUUUCCUGUCAUUCUCUUUCUCCCCUUUUUCGGCCAAGAGAGUUCCACAAAAUCUAAGUGUCUGUUCUUACUUAGAUAUUAUAUUGUUCGUUCACUCUUUUACACUCGAAUUUUUCAACUGGACAACUUUUUAGUGCCUUUCCUUCUCUGACACCCGCUAUAAAAAUCUCAAAUAAAU